AUGAGUCCGGGCGCUCUUAAUGGAGAGGCUGUCGUUGGCAGCGAUGGGUCGCGAAAAAAGGGCAAGGCGACACCCGACACAAUCGUGGUCGGGUGCAUUGCUAUGGUGCAGAAGAACGGCCACCCACGCCGCGCAGAAAUCCUAGGCAUCAAGGACACAAAGAGCGGCCGCCAGUAUUACUGCAACUUCGACAACUUCAACAAGCGACUUGAUGAAUGGGUGCCACUCUCCAGGAUCGACUUUGAACAAGACGUCGAGUGGCCAAACCCGGACAAAGACAAGCCCAAGGACGGUAAGACUAAGAAGGGGGCAGUAGCACCGUCCAAGAAAACACAGCCCGGGAAGAGACCGCAGAAACGACCUCCACCAGGAAAGCGAGAGCAGUCCAUCACUUCCGAGGCUCAGACGCCGCACCCAUGGCCAGACUUUGUGGACUCCCAGUCGCAAACGCAGAAGGGCACUCCCACUGGGGACGAAGGCCCCGAUGUGGCUACGCCGACCCAAGAUGCCGCACCUACGCCUGCGGCCGCAGACGAGAUGGAUGUGGACGGUGACGAGACACCAAAAGUUGACUCGUUCAGCAGAGAGGAUGAGAUCGAAAAGCUGCGAACAUCAGGGUCCAUGACCCAGAAUCCCACCGAGAUUGCCCGCAUCAGAAACAUAUCGACAGUUCAGUUUGGUCAACAUGACCUUUUCCCUUGGUACUUCUCGCCGUAUCCAGAGGCUUUCACUCAGGAGGACGUUAUUUACAUCUGCGAGUUCUGCCUCAGCUAUUAUGGCGAUUUUACUAGCUUCAAACGCCACCGUCACAAGUGCACGUUGCAACACCCGCCAGGAAACGAGAUCUACAGAGACGAUUGGGUCUCAUUCUGGGAGAUUGACGGGCGGAGGCAGCGGACAUGGUGUAGGAAUCUUUGUCUAUUAUCGAAGAUGUUCCUCGACCACAAAACCCUUUACUACGACGUGGACCCAUUCUUAUUCUACGUCAUGACCAGGCGGACGGAGAAGGGCUGCCACCUCGUCGGAUAUUUUUCUAAAGAAAAGGAGAGUGCCGACGGCUACAAUGUGGCAUGUAUUCUAACCCUGCCUCAGUACCAACGCAAAGGCUAUGGCCGGUUGUUGAUCCAAUUCUCUUACGAGCUGUCGAAGAUCGAAGGCAAGCUCGGGUCGCCCGAAAAACCUCUCUCUGAUCUGGGUCUCCUAAGUUACCGGCAAUACUGGAUUGAAAACAUUGUUGACAUGCUUCUCGAGUACCACGAUAAAGACGAUAGGUGCAGCAUUGAACAAAUUUCCUCAGCCUUGGCCAUGACUACGCAGGACGUCGAGCACACUCUCCAGGCGUACAAGAUGCAGGUUUACCACAAGAGUGAGCACAAGAUUGUUGUGCCCAACAGCCAGAUGGAGGCGCACAACAAACGAAUGGAGAAAAAGAAGAAGCUGGUAUGGAGAGAGAUCAAACCUGAUUUGAUUCAGUGGAAGCCGCCUGUUUUCACUGCUUCGAACAGGACAUGGGGCUGGUAA